AUGAGGAGAGUAAUUUCUGGGAGACUUGAAUUCGGUGCUAAUACUAAUAUCUAUCUAUCUAUCUAUCUAUUUCAGUCUGUUUAUAUCUAUCUAUCUAUCUACUUCAGUCUGUUUAUAUCUAUCUAUCUAUCUAUCUAUCUAUCUAUCUAUCUAUCUAUCUAUCUACUUCAGUCUGUUUAUAUUUAUCUAUCUAUCUAUCUAUCUAUCUAUCUCAGUCUGUUUAUAACUAUCUAUCUAUUUCAGUCUGUUUAUAACUAUAUAUCUAUCUAUUUCAGUCUGUUUAUAUCUAUCUAUCUAUCUAUCUAUCUAUCUAUGGUAGUAUUCUAUCUAUCUAUCUAUCUAUCUAUCUAUCUAUCUAUCUAUCUAUCUAUCUAUCUAUCUAUCUCAUCUGUUUAUAUAUCUAUCUAUCUAUCUAUCUAUCUAUCUAUCUAUCUAUCUAUGGCAGUAUUCUCAUUAUCUAUCUAUCUAUCUAUCUAUCUAUCUAUCUAUCUAUCUAUCUAUCUAUCUCAGUCUGUUUAUAACUAUCUAUCUAUUUCAUCUGUUUAUAUCUAUCUAUCUAUCUAUCUAUCUAUCUAUCUAUCUAUCUAUGGCAGUAUUCUCAUUAUCUAUCUAUCUAUCUAUCUAUCUAUCUAUCUAUCUCAGUCUCUUUAUAACUAUCUAUUUCAGUCUGUUUAUAACUAUAUCUAUCUAUUUCAGUCUGUUUAUAUCUAUCUAUCUACUUCAGUCUGUUUAUAUCUAUCUAUCUAUCUAUCUAUCUAUCUAUCUAUCUAUCUAUUUCAGUCUGUUUAUAUCUAUCUAUCUAUCUAUCUACUUCAGUCUAUCUAUCUAUCUACUUCAGUCUGUUUAUAUCUAUCUAUCUAUCUAUCUACUUCAGUCUGCUUAUAUUUAUCUAUCUACUUCAGUCUGUUUAUAUCUAUCUAUCUAUCUAUCUACCUAUCUCAGUUUCCUGUUUAUAUAUAUCUAUCUAUCGUAGUUUAUUCAUCUCUCUCUCUCUCUCUCUCUCUCUCUCUCUCUCUCUCUCUCUGUUCUUCUCCUGCGCCUCUGCUUUCUCCUUUACACGAUUCGCCUUCCACGUUCCAAAAGAGACUCCAUUUUUCUAACUGCCCAGACGCCGGCGUUCAGCGUUUUUUUUAUCUCCUUUUCUGCCUUCCUUCAUUUGCAUGCGUGAAUCCACUUCUCGUGGCUUUACGAGACUGUGCGCGUGAGGAUACGUGA